UGGUGCAUUUUACCGUUCCAAAAUGGUUUUAAUGCCUGGAAUUGCAAACAAUUGCUUUGUAGCUGGUUCUUAGGUAAACUUCCUUUGCCAUCAAAAGCGAAUCAUGAUAGGAUCGUAAUUCGUUCAGAAUGGCAAACAGAUAUAUAUGUAUAUCAAGGUUCCAGUUUGAAUAGCUAGAAGCAUUCUUUAUGCAUCAACAGCAUCAUGCAUGCAAUGUUUUAGUAUGCUGUUCUGCCUGUUCAAAACUUCAAAGUGUCAGACCAUCAUUCAUCAAGGCCUCAAGCCCAUCAAGUAUCAACGUCUCAACUCUCAAAGAUGUCAACUUUGGAUCUGUUUGGUUUAAUUAGAUUUGUAGCUCAUCCAUCCAUGUGUCAUUAAAACUACUAUCUUUCUCUGAAACAUGACAUUUGGCCAGAAAUUGGCCUGACAAGUGCCAACUAGCCACAAAAGUCUCUUCAAGUGCUUGUUAAAUUAAGUAUUGAAUGAAGCAUAAAUCAAGCAACAUGAAUACAGAUGGCAAGUGCAAUGGAAAUGGACAGCACUCAAACAAUGGCAGGAGCUGUAGCAAUGAAAAUCAUAUAUCUGGCAGCAACAGCCCUGUGGAUAUCCCAGCAGACAGCACAAGUCAUCUGGCUCCCCCAUCUAAGGUGUGCCGUGACUUCUUGCGGAAAGUUUGCAGGCGAGGAAACCGCUGCAAAUUUGUGCACAUCAACCCAAACGAGGACCCUGCAUUAGGUCCUGCAUUGGCAGGGGAUGUAUUAGAUGAUGGCUGCAGUAAUGCUCAGCCAGCAGGUUGUGGGACGGCCGUGUCAGCUACCCAGGGCAGCACUAGACUGACAUUCUGUCAUGACUACCAGAACAAUCACUGCAACAGGAAUUGCUGCAAGUUCAUUCAUUGCACCUGUGAAGAAGAGAACCAGUACCUUCAGACCGGCCACAUCCCACCACACGUCCUGGACCAGGCUAUACGCAAAGGCCAGAUGGCAGAUGCUACGCUUAACGGCGACAUUCCCAUCUGUAAAGACUACCUGAUGGGCGAGUGUGAGAAGAGGCGCGGCGGCAAGUGUAAGUUCAGACACCUGAACCAGGCCGAGUAUCACCAGGAGAUUUAUGGCUACUCUAAUAACCUCAACGCUCCCUCUGCCAACCUGCCUUCACCGCACCAUAUCAAGCCCCACGGACCAGACUCGCCACCUAGGGACCUCAGCGACAAACACUGCCGCCUCAAUGGUUGUGGCCGACGUAUGGACGAUCGCGUAAUGAUAGAUGGUCGAGGUGUGGCCACUGUCCAUCCAUACGAGAGCGAGCUUGUCAACAACGGCCACCACCAUGACGGUGGGCCUGGGCGUCCUCCCCACCCCAACCUCCUCAACGGUGAGGUCCUUCCUGAUCACAAGCGCCCACGACUCGACCCUGGUGUCUGUGGUUAUCAGGGCUACCACUCCUUGCCUAGAGACUCCGACUACAGCCAGGACAGAGACUACGUCCAUGGCCUGACUCCUGAAAACCUGCUUUCGAUGCCCAGAGAUCUUAACACCUUAAUGGAUUGCCGAGGCCGCGAGCUGGUGCCGGAGUGGGACCGCCAAGGCAUUGAGCUGGCAGUCAUGCGGAAACAAUUGGACGACCUCAAAAAAGAAAUCAACACACUAAAAAAAGAAAACUCGGAUUUGCGCGCCACUAAUGACUUCUUGCUGGACAAAGUCACUGUUCUGGGAGCCCGGAAGCUCAAUGGCCACGUGGCCACCAGCACGACACUCGCUUCUGUGAGUCUGGCCACAAAUCCUGCCACCCUCGUGGCCUCAACAAUUUCGCCAUUGUCUGCCGCUGCGGCCGCUCAAGUAACUCCAGGAUUUGCGCCCCGGAAGCUCAAUGGCCACGUGGCCACCAGCACGACACUCGUCCACGCCAUCGCCAUCGGCCCGGCACUCACCAUGACUUUGCCCCAGCAAACCGUCGCCCACACCACCAUCGCCGCACCGCCAACCAUCGCUCCUCAGUCUUUGCCCCAGCCGUCAGACUGUGCUGCUGGCGUCCAACAUCCUCUCUCCAACCCGAUGUCCAUCACCUCCAUCUCCACGGACGGCAGCUCUGUUGUGGCCAUCGCAACUCCAUCACAACCACCACCACCCACACAACCUCCCUCACAACCGCCACCACAAUCUCUGGUACCUUCCCAAGCUGUGGCUGUGGCGACCGCCCCUCCAACAGCAGCUGUCGUCGUAUCGGUAGGAACGGUUCAGGUCCCGCUUUCCCAGGCCUCCAUUACGAUCAGCUCGGGGACCAUCAACCCCCGCAUCACCACCUCCUCCAUGUCCAUGUCGCUACCCUCAAUCACGGCACCCACCAUCGUACCUUCACUGGGGCAGACCAUCACUGCAAUCCCCGCUCCUCCGGCUGUAGCUGCUGCCAAUAUCGCUCAGGCGAUCUCCAUGUCUCAAGGUGCUCAGGCAUUAUCCAUGAGUCAAGGAGGUUCCCCAAUCUCCAUGUCUCAGGGUAUAGAUAUGGCCCAAGCCAUCUCUAUAUCACAAGUUGGCCCUCAAAUCUCAAUGUCUCAAGGGGUGCCCCAAAUUUCUAUAUCACAAGGUGCCCAGGCGAUCGCCAUGUCUCAAGGAGGGCCUCCUAUUUCGAUGUCUCAAGGUGGACCUAUCACCAUGAACGCUCCUCCCAUCUCCAUGUCUGCACCUCCAAUAUCGAUGGCUGGCCCACCAAUAUCCAUGGCUGGACCUCCUAUAUCCAUGGCUGCACCCCAAAUUGCGAUGUCUGCCCCCCAAGCUAUUGCCAUGAGUGGACCGCAGUCGCUGAGCAUGAGCGGUGCCCCUACAGCGCAUCUCUUGUCCUACCCCAUCAUGUCUCAACAGAGCCUCAGGACCCAGCUGCACUGAUGUGGCCACGCUCAGCACCGAUGUGGUCACGCUCAGCACUGAUGUGGCCGCGCUCAGCACUGAUGUGGCCACGCUCAGCACUGAUGUGGCCACGCUCAGCACUGAUGUGGUCUAGAUCAGCACUGAUGUGGUCACGCUCAGCACUGAUGUGGUCACGCUCAGCACUGAUGUGGUAACGCUCAGCACUGAUGUGGUACGCUCAGCACUGAUGUGGUCACGCUCAGCACUGAUGUGGUCACGCUCAGCACCGAUGUGGUCUAGAUCAGCACCGAUGUGGUCUAGAUCAGCACUGAUGUGGUCACGCUCAGCACUGAUGUGGUCACGAUCAGCACUGAUGUGGCGAUGCUCUGCACCAAUCUAGUGCGGCUCAGCACUGAUCAAGUGACAUUCAUUACUGAUGCCUUUCAUCUUCAGCAUUAAAUACGUCCCAUCUGCUGUUGUACGAGGCCUUUCCCAUAGGAGAUUUGAUGCUCAGUUGUGGACUCGGGCUUGAGCCAUGAAAGGGCUCGGUGUCGUGCUGAUGUAUAUAGAUCAUCGUACUGAGAUUAAUAGCUUUCAGUUGAUUUUGAAAUUGUAAAAAGGUAAUCCAAUAGUCUAAGAUGGUAAGGAGUUUCGAGUUUGCUUCUGGAAUUCUUGGCAUUCAUCUCUUUGUCUGCCCAGCAAUCAGGAAAAAAAAUUUUUAGCCGUUAUUGUGAGUGCAAUUGUGUUCUUUUUCGUGUAAAUACUUCGUUAUUAUUUUUCUAAAUUAAGUUGUGGUAACUCUAAUUAUAGAUAACACUGUUCCCUUGAACAGAUAUUUGUUUCGUGGUCACCUGUAGAGUCAUUGUUGAAUCCUGUAUUUAGUCCUCUGUAUAGAGCCCAACUUCUUUAUUGAAUCAAUAUUUUUAUAUCAACAGAGUGUUGUAUCAACAGUGUGUUGUAUAGUAAACACUGUGUUAUAAGGCAUGUCGUACUUAAUGGUCAGAUAUUUCAUGGACUUGAUAUGCCAUAUUACUUUCUGCUCUUAUAUAGGCCUCCCAAGACCAUAGGCUGUACAUAGCAAAUUAUUAUAAAGCAUUUGAAGAAUACAAUUUUAGUGUAUUAAUCUAAUCAUUUAUGAAAUUAGCUCUUUGGGUUCUUGUAAUAUAUGUAAAUUUUAUCUUGCAUGUGUUAAUCAAUCGCGCUCGGCCCGCUCGAUAUCCAGUUAUUGCUUAUCAGCGUCUCAAACUCUGCAAGCUCCUGUAAAAUAUGACGGAAUGUAUAAAGUUAUUGUAAAAUACAAGUUCAAUGCGAAUUUGGAUUAUUUAAUGAUUGAGUUUAGGCCUUGGCAGUGGGACGCGCCAGAAGCAGUUCAAGUUGAAGUGUAACUUAUGACGUCGGCUGUGUACUUAGAAAGUUAUCAAAUUCUGAGGAAUGGUGCGGGAAUUUAUAUUAGGGAAUGAAUUCCUCAGCGCUAACACUGCUAUUCAGCCGAACCUACAAAUGAAACGGUCAACCAGCCAUGCCAGCCAACUAACAAGCCAGUCAAUCAUUAAGCCUGAAACCACUAUGAAAUAAUUGAAUCGUAGAUGCUGCAAUUCGGCGAAUCUCCAGCUGGCAAUUCUCGUCUAUUAACUGUUAGCUGCUACAUUAAUCAGACCAGAAACUGAAAUAUUCAUAGAAUGUAUUAAGUGUCAGCUUUGAUAUAUUUAUUUCUUCGUAUAAUCUCAGGCACCAUUUUUGAGAAAUUUAUGUUUCAAAAUACUCAGCAGAUGUUGAAAGUUGCUCUUCAGACUUAAUCGACUUCUGCCAAGUCCAAUCGCCUUCGUUUUAACUCGAGUGUAAAUUAUCCAUUGAUAUUAUGCAUGCCUUUCCAUGUGUAUACUGGACAUUCGUUAUGGAAGGAAGCAUUCGCACGAGUGCACGACCUAUCGUUUAAGAAGAAACGUAAUUAUAAUUUUUAGCAGAGUAUAACUUAUUCGUUAGAUAUUACGUUACCCUUUUUUAUGUACAAUUAUUA